AUGCCGCGUUUCAGUACUUUCGCGAUUAUUGCCGCUUCUGUUGUCGCCGUCUCCGUUGUUCCAAGCACAACAGCCUUCCAGCUUGGAAGUGGAGGUCGCGUAAUGUGGGAAAACAAUUGCAACUUCAGCGGAAACGACUACCGCUGGAUGAAGGCUAUUCCGGUGUGCGGUGAUGUCUGCGCAGGUGACUCAAAGUGCACGCACUGGACGUGGAGCAACAGCAACGGCGGCACUUGCUGGUUCAAAACGGGGCCCCGGUCGGCUAAAACUACCAAGUGGGGGACGAAUUGCGGCUACGUAGUGUCUCGCAACUCCGUCGUGCAAGUCCAAGCCCAAGGGACGGCUCUAAUCCAAGCGCAAGUUGGUUCUAGUAGCGGUCUCUCCCCCGUCGAGAUGAGCGAAAUGCUUAGCCGUAUCAACUCUUAUCGUGCUCAGAAUGGUCUGGGUGCGCUCACUAUCGACAACCGGUUAGUUAUUGCGGCCACGCUUCACUCAAAGGACCAGGCUAGCCACUGUACCAUGACACACUCGGGUUCAAACGGGUCAAAUCUGGGCGACCGUGUCAAGGCGCAGAGCUACAGCUUCGCAAUGGUGGCGGAGAACGUGGCAGCGGGUCAGAAUACCGUUGAGUCCGUCAUGACCGCGUGGUGGAACUCGCCCGGUCACCGAGCCAACUUGCUAAGCAAAGACGCACAGAACGUCGGCUUUGCUAAGGUGGUGAAUAACAACUGCGACAGCUACGCUGCGUAUUGGACGCAGGACUUUGGUCGCCUCGGAUAA